CUUUUGGCCACCAAACCGCCAUGCCGCCCUCCAAUUCGCCAAAAUCAGUACUCAUCGUGGGUGGGGGCACCUUCGGAACCUCAACAGCCUAUCAUCUCUCCUUGAAACCGGAGACAUACCAUAGUAUCACUGUUCUCGACCGUUUUCCUGUUCCUAGCCAAGAAGCAGCUGGGAAUGACAUCAACAAAGUUAUCCGCAACGACUACGCCGACCCGCUGUAUGCUAGGCUUACGACUGAAGCUAUGAAGCUAUGGGGGAACCCGCAUGGCCUUUACAAGGGUUUGUAUCAUCGCACGGGUUGGCUUCUUGGCGCAGCAGAAGAGUCCAAGGACUUUGUGCGCCAGUCGGCAGAAACAGCUCGCAAGCUUGGUCUUGUCGUCGCACAACCUGUGAGCCGUGAUGAAAUUCGGAGCCGAUGGCCACUGAUUACGGGAGAAAUGCACGGCUGGAGUACCGUAUGGAAUCCGUCCGCGGGUUGGGCGAAUGCGCGAGGUGGAUUGACAAAGUUGGCGCAGGCCGCGCAGGAAAAUAGCGUCCGAUAUGUUGACGGAGCUCAAGGCCAUGUCGUUCAGCUCCUGUACGAUCAGAACGGAAGAUGUAUCGGUGCAAAGGCCGCUGAUGGAAGCACUUAUUUCGCUGAGAUGGUCAUACUGGCCGCUGGAGCUGCAGCUGCCACGUUAUUGGACCUGAAAGGGCAGCUUGUGGCCAAAGGCCACACCGUUGGACACAUCAAAUGUACUCCUGCGGAGGUGAAAAAGUAUCGGCAGAUGCCUAUUGUUGCUCACUUGGAAGGCGGAUUGAUAUUCCCACCGCAGGAGGACGGUAUACUCAAACUCGGCGCAAUGGACUUUGUGACCAACUUCGCGGGCAGGAACGUAUCACUCCCGCGCUACAGAUCAGACAAUAAAGGCGAUGGAGUGCCGAAGCCUAUCGAAGACAAGAUGAGACGAUGGUUGUCAGAAUGCUUUCCAGAACUCGCACACCGUGAAUGGGUCGAGUCGAGGAUAUGUUGGGAUGCUGACACGCCCGACUUGCACUUCUUGAUCGACAAGCAUCCGAACCACCCUGGCCUUCACUUAGCUAUAGGAGGGUCAGCACAUGGCUUCAAGAUGAUGCCUGUUGUCGGGAAAUAUGUUGUCGACUCUCUUGAAGGCUGUCUGGAGAAUGAGGCACGGAACAAGUGGCGUUGGCGACCAGGUGCUAAGAUGCAGCACGCCAACCCGCACCCUGGGCGGCUGCUCGAGUUGAGUGACAUUGCGGGCUUUCAG